AAAUUACAGUAGUCCAGAAACUGAAGGAUGCUUUUUGAAUUCCUUAGUGCAGUAUUUUGGUGACAAUCUUGGGACCAACGCUAAAACUAUGCCAUUACUACAAGAAAGUACACUACCUGUGGACCCAACGUUGACUUUGCCUAUAGUAAUAAUCGGUAAUGGACCUUCUGGAAUAUGCCUCUCUUACAUGUUAUCUGGAUAUAGACCAUAUUUAUCCCCCGAAGCUGAACAUCCAAAUCUUAUUUUGUAUAAUAAGUUAAAAGAAGCUAUUCAACUUUCUAUUGUUGAUCAGGAAUUAGAGUACUUAGCUGAAGGUCUGGAAGGGCGCUCUUCAAAUCCUGUUGCAGUUCUGUUUGACACUUUGCUUCAUCCUGAAGCUGAUUUUGGAUUUAAGUACCCACCGGUUCUUCAGUGGAAAUUUGAACCACAUCACUACAUUCCUCAUAUAGUGCUUGGCAAAGGACCACCUGGUGGUGCUUGGCAUUCUAUGGAAGGUUCUAUGCUAACUAUCAGCUUUGGAAACUGGAUGGAAUUACCUGGAUACGCAUUUAAAGAUUGGGCUGCUACUAAACGAAGAAAUAUAAAGUGUGAUAGAGUUCUGCCAGAGGAAGUUGCAAAUUAUUACAAGCACUAUGUUAAAAUCAUGGGCUUACAGAAAAACUUCAGAGAAAAUACUUAUAUAACAUCUGUGUCAAAGUUUUAUCGUGAUCAGGACUGUGAAAGUGAAAGCCCUUUGCAGAUAGAGGAACAAGGUGGGCAGACUACACUGAUCAAAAGAAACUGGGAAAUUAGAGGUUAUCAGAGAUCCGCAGAUGGCUCUCAUAUGCCAUUCUGUUUGUUUGCUGAGAAUGUGGCUCUCGCCACUGGAACGUUUGAUGCUCCUGGCCGAUUGCAAGUUGAAGGAGAAGACUUUCCUUUUGUGCUCCAUACCAUAUCUGAUUUUGUAGCUGCCAUAGAUAAAGGAAUAUUACAUGGGAAAACAGAUCCAGUUUUAAUUAUAGGUGGUGGACUCACAGCAGCAGAUGCAGUUCUGUAUGCCUAUAAUAACAGUGUACCUAUUAUUCAUGCAUUCCGUAGGAGGGUUACUGACCCAAGUUUAAUUUUCAAACAGCUACCAAAAAAACUUUAUCCAGAAUAUCAUAAAGUCUACCAUAUGAUGUGUACUCAGUCAGUUACUCUGGAUUACAAUGUGCAUCCUGCUUAUACCAGUUUACCUGAACAUCAAGUUCUUUCUUUUCAGCCUGAUAUGAAGUGUAUCCUACAGAAUUCUACGGGAUUAAAGAAGAUCUUAAAAUUCUCUUUAGCAGUAGUCUUAAUAGGUUCACAUCCUAACUUAUGCUUCCUAAAGGAUCAAGGCCAGAGCAUAUGCCAUAAUCCAAAUGAACCAGUUACUUGCAAGGGCAACCCUAUUGAAAUUGAUCCAUACUCAUAUGAGUGUAUAAAGGAACCCAAUCUUUUUGCACUUGGUCCAUUGGUUGGAGACAAUUUUGUACGCUUUUUAAAAGGAGGAGCAUUGGGAAUUACACGGCAUUUAGUUGCAAAACAGAAGAAACAUCAAUUUAUAGUUGAAAGAGGUGCAGAUGGAGCCCCCUAAAGCAAAUAGACAUUACCUGAGGAGCUGCAGG